UAAUUCUAUUUUUUACUUUUUCAGAUGAAAUUUGUUUGCUUGGUUGACAAUUUAUUUGUUGUAUUAGUCUAAAGAGGCUGUAACUGUAAAGUACUUCCUAAACUAAAUUUAUUGUAUAGCUCAGUCUAAUUGCUCAACGUUUCGAACGAUAAUGGUUAUGAAGUAGCCACGUCAGCGACAUAAACAGUUUAACUCCCAACUUUGAUGGCUUCUUUGUUUUAGUCUUCUAAUAUCUUAUUUUUCAAUUUCUUACUCAACACGAACAACCUUAGAAGUCAAAUAUCCAUUUCGAAUUUUCUAUUAAUAAACUCAAUUAUUUAUCUUCUAGUAACACUAAUUAAUCGUCUAAACGUGGUCGUUUGAAGCCAACUUCAUAAAAAACUUCGCUCAACAACUGAAACAUUCAAAAUGGAAUAAUUCAACGCGUUCAAAUAAAUGCCUCCACAAAUACAAGACAUGGGAAAUAUCAAACCAAACAAUUUUGCUGGCUGUGGCAGCAUUCUCUUCUCCCUUAUUCAAAACCAGUAGAGACUAGAGAGUACUAUCACUUCACUUUCUCUCGGAUCAAAAUUCAUUUUCUUUCACUCCAAUCACAAAUUCUACCAUAACCAUCAACCCCAAAUUUGUUCUGAUAAAUAAAAUAAAGUUAAAAUAAGAAAAAAAUGGGAUUCAAAUUCCAAUACCUUUUCUUCAUUGCAACGUGUCUAUCCUCGUUUGGUUACACUCCAAUCUCCGCUCGAAUCUUUCCUAACAUAUCAUCAAUACCGCCGUGGCUAAUCCCGAAAAACGACUCCAUUUUGGGAGCGUGGGAUGCGUUUAAGGAAUUUCAUAGUUGUCGUCCGGGAGAUAAAACCCAGGGCCUAUCCAAGCUCAAAAACUAUUUCCAAAACUUCGGCUACAUUCCCAAAUCUCCUUUCAAUUUCACAGACGACUUUGAUGAUGAGCUUGAAUCGGCCAUAAAAACUUACCAGAAGAAUUUCAAUCUCAACGUCACCGGCCAGCUCGACCAAAUCACCAUCCAACACCUCAUUCUGCCUCGCUGCGGAAACGCCGAUAUCGUCAAUGGCACAACCACCAUGAACUCCGGGAAACCCUCGUCGUCGUCGGCUUCUAACUCCACGAAUUUCCACACUGUCGGACACUACUCCUUCUUCCCCGGAAGUCCGGUCUGGCCGGUCGGCCGCCGCGACCUCACAUACGCUUUCCAGCCAGAAAACGAGCUCACAAACGAAGUAAAGACGGUAUUCGCACGCGCCUUCCUUCGGUGGUCACAGGUCACGCCGUUGACUUUCACUGAAAUCCAGACGUUCUCGGCCGCCGACCUUAAGAUUGGAUUCUUUGUCGGCGAUCAUGGUGACGGCGAGCCAUUCGAUGGGGUUUUGGGGACACUGGCGCACGCCUUCUCUCCGACGGCUGGGAGGUUCCACUUGGACGGUGACGAAAACUGGGUGGUUGGCGGUGACAUUAGCACUUCCUCAGUUGCGUCGGCGGUGGAUCUUGAAUCGGUGGCGGUACAUGAAAUUGGGCACCUUUUAGGGUUAGGACACUCAUCGGUGGAAGACUCGAUCAUGUUCCCGACGAUAGCUUCGAGGACGAGAAAGGUAGAGCUUGCCAACGACGACGUUCUGGGGAUUCAACGAUUAUAUGGCUCUAAUCCUAAUUACGUCACUCCUCCUUCGACUCCAUCUAGACCGUCCGUUCAUCAGAGUGAUACAUCCAACGGUGGGGACUAUAGUUUGGGUUCUGGUUUACGGUGGGACCCAUUUAAGUUCUUCUUGGGCGUUGGAUUAGCAUUGAUUUUAUCAUAGAUUUGUAGAUAUUAUACUUUUUAAUGAUAUUUUUAAUUUAUUUAUUUUUAUUAUUUAUGGUUGCCUUCUGCGGUUGUAUUCAUCGGCUGAGACCGGCAACCAUACUUGAUACUAUUACUAUAUACACACGACCCACCUAUCAUCGCGUUUUUCCUUCUAAUUAUUUAGGUUCAUUCGUCAUUAUAGGCAUUAAUUUUUUCCUUUAUUUAUUCUUCAGUCUUCACCUUUUAAUUAAUAUAUGUGUUGUAUUCUUUUCAA